ACGCAGACACAAAGCAGGCGGCAGAGCGCCACCCAAAGCAGAAAAGCUGUGCACAGCACAGCAGCAAAAGCUCCCUUCUCUCCCCCUGUGUGCCUGUGUGUGUGAACUGUGAAUACACAGGGACCGGCUGUUAUUUGUUUCUUUUUUUUUUCCCCUUCACGUCCACCGAGAGUUCACAUCGCAAUCUCUUUGGCCUCUGCCGUCGCCUUUCCGGUGGGUGCAAAAGAUUUUGUCUGUUGGCCUCGGGAAGCGCGGAGCGCGUUUUCCUCCUCCCCUCCGUCCCGCUCUCGGUGGGGUGGUUGCCCGGUUGGCAACGGAAAAGCCUAACUCCAAUCCCAUUGCUGCUGGAAAGCACAAAGCUAGCAGCAGCGGUAGUAGUAGUAGUGUAAAAGAGGACGAAAGCCAUGGCGACAGAGUGGCCGCCGACGCUCCUUUUCCGUUAGGACUGCAGAUUCCUUGGCGCUCCUCCUGCUCCUGCUCCCAGCGAGGACAAGAAAAACUAGGAGGAAGCAGCCCCCGGGCAUUCAUUCCCUUGUCCUGCUUUUCCACAAAUUGUAGCGCUUGUUGCUUUCCUGUUCAGGUGCCUUGUUCUUGGCCUCCUUCGCACGCAAAGAACCGCCGGCCAUCUUCCUCUCCAGCAUCACCCACUGCGCUCCAGCUCCUGGAAGGCUUCUUCUUGGCCGCCUCUGCCUGCUUUGCGGUUUCUUGCUCUGCUUUUGAGUAGAGUCGCAGCGGAGUGGACAGUGUGGAGUGGAUCAGCGGUGAGGUGGAAGGCCUUGGUUUUGUUCUGGUUCUUUGGAGAACAAGGGGAAGACGAAGAGGAGCAGGAGGAGGAUGGCGGGAGGAGGGGCGGCGCCGCCGCCCAAGCAGGAGGAGCUGCAGCCGCACCCGGUGAAGGACCAGCUGCCCAGCGUGUCCUACUGCAUCACAAGUCCACCGCCCUGGCCUGAGGCCGUCAUCCUUGGAUUCCAGCACUACAUUGUGAUGCUGGGCACCUCUGUCAUCAUACCAAGCGCUCUUGUUCCCCAGAUGGGAGGAGGAAACGAGGAGAAGGCUCGGGUGAUUCAGACGCUGCUGUUCGUUGCCGGCAUCAACACCCUGUGCCAGUCAUUCUUUGGGACUCGUCUCCCUGCAGUGAUGGGUGGAUCCUACACCAUCGUCGCACCCACCAUCUCCAUCAUCAUGGCUGGUCGUUACAGCAAUGAAGCAGACCCUCAUGAGAAAUUCUUGCGGACCAUGCGAGGAACACAAGGCGCUCUCAUCAUCGCAUCGACAAUUCAGAUCAUACUUGGUUUUAGUGGCCUUUGGCGUAAUGUCGUUAAAUUUCUAAGCCCAUUGUCUGCUGUACCUCUGGUCUCGCUAGCUGGAUUUGGGCUAUAUGAGCUUGGUUUUCCAGGGGUAAGCGUUAUCUUGCAACUAAUUCGUAUUCUGAUGUGGCUGUCACAUUGUUCUUUUAUAUAUAUAUUAUCCCUGUUCCUACUGACUCUAAGAUUCAUUUGGCUUCAGGUUGCUAAGUGUGUAGAAAUUGGGCUUCCAGAAAUCAUUCUAAUGCUCAUAUUUUCCCAGUAUUUACCUCAUGCUGUCAAUGCGGCAAAGCCUGUGUUCGACCGGUUUUCUGUGAUUUUCACAAUUGCAAUUGUAUGGCUGUAUGCAUACAUUCUCACAGUUAGCGGUGCAUACAAGAAUGCCCGAACAAAGACGCAAGUCCAUUGCCGUGUUGACCGCUCUGGACUUAUUAGUGGAGCUCCUUGGAUUAGUGUCCCAUACCCUUUCCAAUGGGGGGCCCCAACAUUUGAUGCUGGUGAAUCAUUUGCAAUGAUGGUGGCCGCAUUUGUUGCUCUUGUCGAGUCAAGUGGGACCUUCAUUGCUGUGUCAAGAUAUGCAAGUGCGACUAUCAUACCUCCUUCAAUUCUUGGUCGUGGCAUUGGUUGGCAGGGCAUUGGUACUUUACUGGGUGCAUUUUUUGGGACAGCUAACGGGACUGCAGUGUCAGUUGAAAAUGCUGGUUUGCUUGCUUUGACACAUGUUGGUAGCCGAAGAGUAGUCCAGAUAUCUGCAGGCUUCAUGAUUUUCUUCUCUAUCCUUGGGAAAUUCGGGGCUAUCUUUGCUUCAAUCCCACUGCCGAUAUUCGCUGCCCUGUACUGCAUUUUCUUUGCAUACAUUGGUGCUUGUGGCCUGAGCUUCCUUCAGUUCUGCAACCUGAACAGCUUCAGGACCAAGUUCAUCAUGGGGUUCUCCUUGUUCAUGGGCCUGUCAGUCCCCCAAUACUUCAACGAGUACACGUCCGUGGCUGGCUACGGCCCGGUGCACACCGGCGCCCGAUGGUUCAACGACAUGAUCAACGUGCCCUUCUCGUCGAAGCCGUUCGUGGCGGUGCUGGUGGCCUUCUUGCUGGACAACACGAUCCAGGUGCGGGACAGCGGCGUGAGGAGGGACAGGGGCUACCACUGGUGGGACAAGUUCCGGAGCUUCAAGACGGACAGCCGCAGCGAGGAGUUCUACUCGCUGCCCUUCAACCUCAACAAGUUCUUCCCUUCCGUCUGAUCCAUCCAGCAGGGGCUGCACACUCUUCCCUCGCGGUGGCAGUAGCUCGGACUCGAAGUGGCGGAGUCAGAGAAGAAAUGAUCCUAUGAAGGUGAUGCUGGAGCUGGACUGAUGGCGUUUUGUACAUUCAGGGGUGAACUCUGAACUGGGCAGGUUGCAGAUUUGCAGUCCAGGGGGGAGCUCUGGGAUUUGACACACGCAUUUUCUCCUAAUGUGGUUGCAUCUUGGUCUAUUGUGUUGAGUGCAUACAUACAUAGAUCCUUUUUGCCUUUUGCGAGAAGAAUGUUGUCGUUGGUUCUGAUGGUGUGCCUGGGUCGCAUCAGUGUUCCCUUUGUUACCGAAAGUGCUUCCCUUUGGCAACUCAUCAAAUGCCGAAUCAAAAA